GUGUCACGUGAUAAAAAAUUGGACAAUUUAGUAACCUCCAUAUUUCCAGCUGUUAGUAAAUUGCGAGCGAUUUCAGACUGCAACGUGCUUGAUCAGUACGAAUUUUCAAAACCUUAGACUGAUAUUUCUCUAACAUCUUUCAGAAGAUUUUCAUUUGAUUGUAACGUGUUGGAUUAGUGUAAGCAUAAUGGUAUGGCUGUUGUUAUUGUUCGCGUUAGUGCUGUGGUUUGUGACCUACAAGAUCAGUAGGCGGAAUAUGUACAAAUUGGCCUCUCUGGUUCCGGCUCCGAUCGAAGAACUGCCUAUUGUUGGUAUCGCACAUACUUUAACUGGAAGUCCUGUGGAUAUAAUGGAGACACUUCAAAACUUUAGCUAUGCCUCAUUUAAAUUUAAUGGAAUUCUUCGAGCGUGGCUAGUUCAUUUACUGUAUAUUGUGGUAACAAAUCCAGUAGACUUAGAGAUGAUAUUGAAGAACUGCCUAGACAAGGACAAUCUUCACCGGUUUUUACGGAAAAUAACAGGAAAUGGAGGCGUUUUUGCUCCAGUAUCAAUAUGGCGGAGACGGCGAAAGAUCAUAAUUCAGGCAUUCAGGCCAAAAAUCACCGAGAACUUCGUUGAAGUAUUUUCUGAACAAGGCGAGAUACUGGUGAAGAAACUGGAGCCUAGAGUCGGAACUGGCACAUUCAAUUUAUGGCCAUAUAUUAGCACUUAUACUUUGGACUCUGUCAGUGAAACAGCAAUGGGUGUAAAAUUGCACUCACAAGACGACUCAAAGACUCCAUUUCUGCAAGCAAUGACCUCAAUGUUAAAUCUGGUGUGCCAGAGGAUUUUCCACUUAUGGCUGCAACCCGACUGGUUAUAUAAGUUCAUGCCGCAGUACGUGAUGCAUGAGAAAAAUAAGAGCAUUUUGCAUGAUUACACUGAUCAGGUCAUCAAGACAAAACGGGAAGAAUUUGAGGCAGAACAUAAAAGCAGACCGGAAUCAGAGCAAAAAAAAGAUUACGAUCUUGACGGUUACAAAAGAAAGUCAUUCUUAGAUCUGCUGAUAUCUCUUUCUGGCGGAGAAAAAGGGUACACAAACAUAGAGCUAAGAGAGGAAGUUCUGACAUUGACCGUAGCUGGUACAGAUACAUCAGCGGCCUCUAUGGGGUACACGCUCUUACUGUUGGGAAAGUACCCUGAUGUUCAGGAGAAGGUUUAUCAAGAAUUAUACGACGUUUUCGGAGAUUCAGAUAGACCAUUAGUAAAAGAAGAUCUUUUGAAACUAAAACAUUUGGAAAGAGUAGUUAAGGAGUCGCUCAGGCUGUAUCCCCCAGUGCCUUUUAUUAUUAGAAAGGCUUUGGAGGAUACCAAACUGCCCUCAGGUUACGUCCUCCCUAGUGGAUCAGGAGUAGUAGUGUCCAUCUGGGGCGUCCACAGAGAUCCCAAAUACUGGGGCCCAGACGCCGAAAAGUUCGAUCCUGACCGCUUCUUGCCGGAACGAUUUAAACUUGAACAUUCCUGCAGUUUUAUGCCGUUUAGUAAUGGACCCAGAAACUGUGUUGGUUACCAGUACGCCUUAAUGUCUAUGAAAACAGCAUUAUCUGCAGUUCUGCGGAGGUACCGAGUAGUGGUUACAGAGGACGCCCUUCACAAUCCUUAUAUCAAAGUGAAACUGGACGUAAUGAUGAAGGCCGUUGAUGAAUACCAAGUCGCCUUAGAGAGAAGAGCGCCAAAGACUUUAAAAAGCAAUGAGCACGUGGCUUAGAAGCCACGUUACCUUAGCAUCAUUGAAAUUUUUUUAUCACAGACCAUAGUAUACCAGCGGUCCAUCAAUAUCGUAGGACAGGUGUUCUAAAUUAUUAGACGUCAAAACUGUAUGAUUUGGUAAAAAAAAUUGUAAUCAGUGGAGUAGGUUCGUUAUUAUAUUUUAAUCGAGUAUUUCUAACAAUUUACAGUUACCUAGGGAAUUACACAACAGGAAUUUGUAAAAAUCCAGUUUUCUGCAAGUUUUUGGGACGAAAGGUUUAUGAUAAUUGAGGCACAGGCGGGUGGGUACAUAAAAACUGACAUUUUUUCAGAACUGAUGUUUUACAUUUACAAAUAAUGUUUGUGCUCUAUAGAACGCAAAUGAAAUUUUAAAUGGAAUGGUAAAUGACUAAUGUAAGAACUGUGCUGGUGAUUGUGAU